AUGGCCGACCCUGCGUGGUGGAAGCUCACCUUUCUGAGGAAAAAGAAGUCGGAGCCAAAGGUCCUGUAUGAAAUACCACCCGACUUCAGCACCAACAAUGCGAAUAAAGACCUGGGCAACGACGGCGAAGACAGCAAUUUAGAUGCCAGACUGGAAAAAAUAGUGGAUAAAAAUGCCACCAAGGGCCGUCAUGUAAAAGUCUCCCAUUCUGGGCGGUUCAAGGAGAAGAAGAAGAUUCGCGUUACUUUGGCGGAAAACCCAAGCCUUUUCCCUGAAACUGCUCGGACUGACAAGAGCCAUGUGGAAAAUUAA